UUUUAAUUCUUACCCCUGUUCUUGUUCUGGUUCAACGCUAGCCUCGACUGCGAUCCGCUCCCCCUGCGUCAGCCUUAGCCUCAGCCCGAAGCUAAACCCUGCAAAAGCCCCCCGGCCAUGGACUGACGAUUCGAUCUGUGACCUCGUCGGUUGCGGUUGCAACCACAAUGGAGCAGCUCAGAUCGCUGCUUCAAAUGCUAGUAUCGAUCCCGAGAUGAUUGUGAGAUAGAUUCCGAGUCACAUGGCUUUGGCUUCUCUCAUCGCCAAGCAUCGGCGAACCGGAAUAUCAGUUGGGUGUUUCAAUAUUAGAGCGAACGCGAAAGGGGUAGCCAGAGAAACUCGAGGAGCUUCGCCCGCGAACGCCGGUGGAGCGAAAAGUCUCGGACUCGUGCCUUCUGGUAGAGGGGACCUCAGAGUCAAUGGACGUUCAGGGUUUGCUUUGGAUUCGCCGGCCAGAGCAAGAAGCAUUUACACUGUUGAAGCUCUUCAGAAAUCAUUGGUUUCAUUUGGAAAUGAAAGUCUCAAUUUAAUGCUGAUGCUGGGAAAAUUCUUUCGGAUUGGAAGUAAUCUUCUUAGGAAUUUUGUGCAGUUAUACACAACUCAGGCCUCUCCUGAUGAUGAGGAAGUGAUGGACCACUUCUUGUGUACAGUUCUUACAGAUAUAGAAAAUAACCCCACAUCGAGCUGGGAAGCCUGUUUUAUUUACGUUGAUAAGCUGUGCAAAUCAGGAAAUUUCUCAUCUGCUUUGAGGUUGCUAAAAUUAUUGCAUGAUAAGGGCAUCUUUCUAGGUCAGAACGCCUAUGAUUCCCUACUCGCUAUGGCUACAGAAGGAAAUGAGAUGGACUUCUCAUCUUACAUUUUUAAGUAUCUGUUGGUGUCUCGUGAAUCUUUAAGUUCAGCUGCUUAUCUAAGUAUUGCCAAGGUCUUUGCAAAACAAAGUGAGCGUUCCCAUCUUCUCAGAUUUGUCAAGGAAAUUACAGAGCUGGCUUCUCCAAAAAGCACACCUGUUCUGAAUAGAAUCAUAUACUCCUUUGCUGAAUGUGGGCAGAUUGACAAGGCCCUUUUGAUAUUUGAUCAACUCGAGAGCGUAAAAUGUAAACGAGAUUUAAUUACAUACAACACUAUUUUGGAUGUCUUGGGUCGUGUUGGUCGUUUAAAUGAAAUGCUCCAUGAAUUUGCUGCUAUGAAAGAAGCCAGCAUUAGCCCUGAUGUUGUAACAUACAACACAUUAUUGAACAGUUUGCGGAAGGCUGGUCGACUAGAUAUAUGUUCAAGUAUCUGGAAGGAAAUGAAAGAGAGUGGUGUGCAACCGGAUUUGCUUACAUAUACUGCACUUAUUGAGUGUUUUGGCCGCUCAGGGAACGUUCAUCAGUCAUUGACUCUCUUCCAUGAGAUGAAGCUGAAGCAGAUUCGCCCUUCUAUAUACAUCUAUAGGUCACUAAUCAGCAAUCUAAAGAAAAUGGGUAAGGUGGAAGUCGCAAUGGCCAUUUCCGAGGAAAUGAACUCAUCACUUUCAGAACUUGCUGGCCCAAAGGAUUUUAAACGAAACAAGAGAUAGUAUAACACACAAGUUCCUGGUCUCGAGUCGAAUCUGAAUAUCUGCUAUUAGCGACAUUUUAUGCGACAAGGCAAAAGUACUGCGGAGCAGGGCAGCACUUCAUUUAUUCAAGUGAUAUGUAAUGUGAUCUGUUGAUCUUGUACACCAUAUUACUGCGAUAUUAUCAGUUCUUAAUUGGGAUCCCAGCAGGGUAAAACAUACAUAAUUGAGCAAGUAAAAGCUACAAUUGCUGAUGAUGCUGCUCUUCUAGAUGUGCAUCACCGACUGGAACUUUUCCUUCUGGAUACAAGCGGAAGAAGCAAGAGCUGAUCCAUAAUGUUGACUCGUCAGUCCAGUGGUGGUGCAAUCUGUUGGGGUCACCCUCUGGCAUUGUGGAAUACUGCUGACUGAGAUUUUCUACACUCGUGAAUUGUGGUAGCUAAAAAUUGUUAUAGACUGUUAGCACUGAAAGGAUCGACUGCAAAGACGGCUUCAUAAUUUAAGAGGCAGGGAGGCCUGCCUUGUUGAGGUUGGUGGCAGGAGAUCUUUUGGGGGCUUCCCUUUGAAGUUAUCUGUGCUAUCCACAACGUGGACCUGAUUUCAGGACUUGCAUCCAUGUUUUCCAUUUGCGAAACUCUGCCUACCUUUCUGAAUAAAGCCCGGCAAAAUCAUCUCAAGGCGAAGUGAAGUGAUUAGCGCUUGUGCUGACGUAUGGUGGGCACAACAUUGUAGUUGGUGAAACAAUUUUCCUUCCCAAAAAGAUAUCAUUGAAUGGACGACGAAACAAGUAGGGAAGCAAAUUAUUUGCCCCUUGGUUGCCUUUUGAUUAAUUGUGACUGCAGUUGGGGAAGAUAAAAUAACUAAUAAAGAAGGACUUUGUCUUUGCUACGUUUUAGUUUCCUGUAUGCCAUGUUAAGUAGAGCUUGUAUAUUGAGGGUUCAAUGAAGUUAAGUCUUCUCCAGCAUUGGGGGUUAAUACUUCUUUGCUGGAA